AUGGAGACAAAGCUCAUCAGACAACAGAAGGUUCUCAAUGUAUUGAAGCCAUAUUAUUGUUCUGAAUGUGGUAGAACCUUUACAUAUAAGUCACAACUUAUUGCACACCAGAGGAUUCACACUGGAGAGAAGCCACAUCAGUGUUCAGAGUGUGACAGUGCGUUUAGAUUAAAAACACAUCUUAUGGCACACCAGAGGAUUCACACCAGAGAAAAGCCAUAUAAGUGUUCUGAAUGCGACAGAACUUUUAUACAGAAAGCAAAACUUAAUUUACACCAGAGGGUUCACACUGGAGAGAAGCCGUAUCAGUGUUCUGAAUGUGGUAGAACCUUUACAUAUAAGUCACGACUUAUUGCACACCAGAGGAUUCACACUGGAGAGAAGCCACAUCAGUGUUCAGAGUGUGACAGAGCGUUUAGAUUAAAAACACGUCUUAUUGAACACCAGAGCAUUCACACCAGAGAAAAGCCAUAUCAGUGUUCUGAAUGCGACAGAACUUUUAUACAGAAAGCAAAACUUAAUUUACACAAGAAGGUUCACACUGGAGAGAAGACGUAUCAGUGUUCUGAAUGUAAUAAAGCUUUUACAUUUCAGUCACAACUUAUUUCACACCAGAGAGUUCACGCUGGAGAGAAACCAUUUAAAUGUUCUAAAUGUAAUAAAGACUUUGCAGGGAAGACAGGCCUUAUAUCACAUGAGAGGCUUCACACCGGAGAGAAACCAUUUAAAUGUUCUGAAUGUAAUAAAGACUUUGCAGCGAAGACAAGCCUUAUAUCACAUGAGAGGCUUCACACUGGAGAGAAGCCAUAUCAGUGUCCUGAAUGUGAUAAAUUUUUUACGUGUAAGUCACAACUUAAUUUACACACGAAAGUUCACACUGGAGAGAAGCCACAUCAGUGUUCCGAAUGUGAAAAAGCUUUUCCACGUAAGGCACAACUUUUUUUACACCAGAGGAUUCACACUGUGGAAAACCCAUUUCAGUGUUUUGAAUGUGAAAAAGCUUUUACUUGCAAGUCACAACUUAUUUUACACAAUAGAGUUCACACUGGAGAGAGGCCGUUUGAAUGUUCUGAAUGUGGCAAAGCUUUUGCUAGGAAGGCAAGUCUUUAUAGACACCAGAGGCUUCACACUGGAGAGAAGCCAUAUGCAUGUUCUAUAUGUGGCAAAGCUUUUGCAGGGAAGGGUAAUCUUAUAAGACACCAAAGGGUUCACACUGGAGAGAGGCCGUAUCAGUGUUCUUAAUGUGAGAAAACUUUUACAUGUAAGGCACAACUUAUUUUACACCAGAUGGUUCACACU